CUCAGGUUCCUCGAUCUCCAAUACUAACAUGUUUACUUUCUCUCUUGCAGAUUUACUGAAGAGACAAAUAUUAAUCAUCAUUUUAAUAUUCUUUCCAAAGCUGUCUGCGGCUGUGGACGGGGAGAUAAUGGGGCUGCUGGGGGAGAAUGCCACACUGCCCUGCCAUAUGGAAGGUGGAGAGACCGAGGGGCUCAAGGUGUACUGGCAGAACCGCCAGACCAAGCAGACCGAGGGCCACGACCUCAUGGUCUGGAUUUACAAAGACGGCCAAGUCCAGGUGCGAUAUGUCCACAAGCACUUCUACGGCCGUGCACACGUCUAUGUCCCAGGGAUAGAUUCAGGGAACCUAUCACUCAGCCUUCAGCAUCUGCAGGCCAAUGACAGCGGAUACUAUCAAUGUGUGAUUAUACGGAGAGGCCAGACCACGGAUACACAGCUUUAUAAACUCACAGUGACAGCCCUCCGUAAUGAAACGAAUCUCCAGCCGGAAUUUGUCCGCCCCAAUACGAAUAACACAGAUGUGGGAACCAGUGGCAAGAACCAACAUAUAGGCGUCAUAGUUUUAACUAUCAUUUCUAUCAUUGGCAUAUUUUACAUAUGCUAUCGGAGAUUGAGGAAUCGCAGUUGAUGCCGAAGAGCCAGGAUGAAUUCACAGUUUCAUGGACGACAGCAACUAUCAAGUGGUGACUAAGUAUAACGAGCCCUGAAAUCGUCUGUGCUGUUUCUUGUGGUUUGCUAUUUUCAUGAUAAUAAAUUAGGCUGAAGUUGCUUUGUUGUGCUUGUGUGUUUAUCACUACAUUCGAAUUGUUUCGGUCUGAUCAAUCCAGCCCAUUAUAACUCCUUCUAUAGUCCUUCUAGGCCUUACAGUCUUUGCUGUAACCCUUCCAGACCCAAACUCCUACCACUGUUCCUACACCCCUCCCUGUCUCUGUAACCCCUUCCAGUUCUGACGACCAUUUAAUCUCUCUAAUUUCAACCCUUUCUCCAUUUCCUGACCAUCUGCUUCACCUUUUUGAGUACCAGAGCUUGGAGUUUGAUUGUUGGAGUCAUUAAGAGUUGGUUAUUUUAUUUUAAGGUUCUCUCUCUCUCUCUCUCUCUCUCUCUCUCUAUUUCGCCCCAAGGUGUUACCGAGCACUGGUGAACAGUUGCACCUUCUAGUAUAUCAAAUUGUGUAAAGAUGAUCUAAUCAAAAUUUUCAGUUUGGAUUAGAAAUGCUUCAUCGCUAUUUCUCAGUACACUUGACUCCAGCAGAUGAGGCAGGAGACUGUAUAUUUUCCCCGUGGCCCCCACAGAGUACUGGAGUGACCCAGCAGCCCAGUUUGACCCAUGCUGAACACUGGAGCGACUCGACAAGUCAGGCAGCCACUGUGCAAGUCAAUGAUGUAUCAAGGACUUCCGCCUGCAGCUCAAUGGAGUAAUACGUAAACUUUGUGGCUGCCCUUAAUUCCUCCUUUUCCCCAGUCUAAACUUUGAAUUGUUUAACUUUUAUUUUCUGGAUCUUGGAGGGAAACAGUGGUCAUUAUGUCAUAUCCUUCAAGAAGUGGAAAACAGCUUUUUGAACCCAGCAAUGGAAAGGGAAAAACUUCAAAAGAAAAAUCAGAAGAUAUGCCUGUCUGUGCUGAGCGUUUGGAACGUGCGUUGAUGGAUCUCGAUAACAAAAUGGACAAUAACGCUUCUGAGCUGAAGUCAUUCCGACAAAGUUUACAGACUAUUAAGGAAA